AUGUCCGUCCCCCCGGCCCGCGCCCUCGUCGACCUGCCUCCCUUGCCAGAGGAGGUUCGCAAGUGGCGCAUCCUGCUCCUCGUCUCGGCUGUCAACUCGCUCACGCAGCGUGUGGCGACCUACCUGACCGACCUGGGAUGUGAGCGUGUCUCCACCGAGCUGGCCAUCACCGACGAAGCCAUGGUGUCCGCCGUCCUGGCCCAUGCCCCGCACGUUGUCCUGUGCCCCUUCCUCACCAAGAAGGUUCCCGAUGUCAUCUGGAGCAAUGUCCUCACGCUCAUCGUGCACCCGGGCCCUCCCGGUGACGCGGGACCCGCCGCGAUCGACUGGGCGAUCAUGGGUGACCGCGGCUUGGACCCAGACGCCACCUCUGCACUUGCCUCUCUCGUCGCGCCUGUGGAUCGCUCAAAACCCAUCGCCGAGCGCCAGCGCUCACACUGGGGCAUCACCGUCCUCCAGGCCGACCACACCAUGGACGGCGGACCCGUGUGGGCCUUUGAUCAGUUCCCCCUGCCCGACGUCUCCCGCACCACAAAGUCGACCAUCUACCAAGGCCCCGUCGCCGCUGCCACCGUGCGCGCCGUCACGGUCGCCCUCACGCGCAUCGCUGGCUCAUUCGCCGGCCUCUCGGACCCGAGCCACCGUGCUCAGCGCGUCGCAGUCCCCGUCGACCCCAAGUGGUCGCUCCAGUGCGUCUCGCACGGUGUCCCCUUCCUCGGUGGACGUCUCAACGAGCGCCCGCAGAUCAAGCCUGGCCAGCGCCGUCCCGACCUGGCCAAGCACACUGCCGCCGACGUAGCACGCAUCAUCAACUGCGGCGACUCCCAGCCCGGCGGUACCCUCAAGACUGCCCGGUCAUUCAUCUUUGCAUACGACUGCAAGAUCCAUCUGCGCGCAAACACCAUCCCUCCAUCCCUCCUGCCCCAGCCAUGGAACCUCAUCCCGGCGGGCAAGGCCAUUGCAACGCGCGACGGAGCUGUCCUCUUCAAGACGGCAGACUGUGGCCACGGCCACGAGAGCUGCACGUUUGGGUGUGGCGUCGCCGUGUGGUUGACGCACGGCCGCCUGCCCAAGCCGACCACCGCCGCCGCGCUCCAGUCCAAGGUCCCCAUGGCCGAGGCUCUCCGCAAGGCCGGCGAAGCGUCGCGUCUCGAGGGCGUGCGCGAGUGGACGGAAACGGGCUUUGCAGAGGCCCCCGGCACCUACCAGCAGGUGUUUGUCCGCAGUAUCGAAGAGGGUGACGCAGUGCUCCAACUCGUGUACUGGGACUUCUAUAACGGAGCCUUUUCGACUACCGGAUGUGAACACCUCGUUCGAGCCUUGCAGUGGGCCUCUGACCCGGCCCGUGGCAACGUAAAGGUCCUCGCUCUGAUGGGUGGCGGAUACUUUUCGAACGGUGUCGCCCUGAACGUUAUCGAGGCUGCCGAGCACCCGGGUCGUGAGACUUGGGCAAACAUCAACGCCAUUGACGAUGUCGUCGAGGUCCUCGCUGGCGACGUCUCCAGUGUCCCCCGUUCAGACUUCCUCGCUGGUAUUGCGUCCCUGACGGAACGGGGUAUCACAACUGUUGCGUGUGUCCGUGGUAACGCGGCCGCAGGAGGUGUCGCCCUUGCCGCGGCAUGCGACGUGGUCGUGGCUGCUGGAACAGCAGUCUUCAACCCGGCGUACCGUGCCAUGGGUCUCCACGGCUCAGAGUUCCACCUCUACUCGUAUGUCGAGCGUUGUGGCCGUUCCAUCGCCACCCACCUCGUCAAGGACAUGCUUCCGCUUUCGGCUACCCGCUCGCGUGAGCUCGGUCUCGUCGACGUCGUCCUGGGUGGGCGUGACACCUCUGCCGCCACAACCCAGGCGCUCAUGACCGAGUACAUCCGCACCCUCGCCAGCGCGCCCUCGGCCGCUUUGGGAUCAGAGCACUUCCCCUCGGCGCCCUGGACCAAGACCGUCGCCGGCGCUCCCAUCUCGUCGACCCGCACCCUCGUCGACCGCAUGUGCGAGAACAAGCGUCUCCGUUACGAGUCGGCAAACCACAUCCCGCUCGUCAACUACCGCCACGAAGAGCUGUCUCAGAUGCUCCUCGACUCGUUCCACCCUACGCGCUCGGCGCGCUACCACACGCGCCGCAUCAAGUUUGUGCGCAAGGUCAAGGCAGAGGGCACCCCUACACGCUUUGUCACCCACCGCGUCCACGCCAAGCUGGACGCCGAGGAGACUGCCGAGUUUGACAGUGCCAACGGAUGGGUCCGUGGCGAGGAAUGGUCGUGGGUCGGUCUCCAGACCCCUUCGUCCAUGGCCACCUCGGCCAACCUCCUGAUUGACUUUGCCGCCCCUGUCCCCCCACUCACGACCCGCUGCGCUAGCUGCUCGACUGAGUCCGAGCGCUCUCAUGACAUUGUCACCGACCCUGGAGAGCCGGCGCCUCCGUCUCCCGCAAUCCGCCACUUCACCGAGUCACCCUCCACUGGUUCACCGAUCGGUCUGCCCAAGCAGCUGCCUUCCAUCGUGGGCACCGCCGCACCUGCCUCUCUCCUGUCGCCCGACUACGUCAAGGACCGCAGCUCCAGCAAGCAGCGUCGUGCGUCCACGGUCGGUCGCACGCCGCCCCGUGCGUACCGUGAGCUGAGCGAGACCUCAACCUCGCUCUCGCCUUCGCCCCCGGACCGCUCGACCAAGAAGCGCGGCUCGUCCUUCCUCGGCAAGCUGUCCAGCGCGUUCCGCUCGCGCACCGACCUCAAGUCGUCGCUGCACACCCCGCCCGUCCCCAUCGGUAAAGACUCUCCCAUCUCCGUCGCUGCGGGCACCGUCGUGUCGGACGGCAUCGCUCGCUCGGCCCCCACCACGCGUGUCGGCACCGUGUCCAGCACCCCAUCCUACAGGCGUCCCACAAUCGCCAACGAGGGCAACACCGAGAGCCCCUGCCUCUUCAACGUGACUGGCGACUUUGCCGAGCCACGCCACCAACGCGACACCACCGCCCGCCCCGUCGUCGUUAGCGUCAACUAG